UCUCGAUCGAUUCCCUAGCAUUUCUUCAUUGACAACUUCGACCUCUCUUGCCGGCGUUGGAGUGCGAUAUGGGUACCAAGGGAGCAGCGGAGGCCAUGGUCAAGACGGCGGCACCCAUGGGAGCGGAAGAGGAGGCCAUGCUGAAGGCGCUGGCGCAGAGGGAGGAGGGGCCAAGGACGGAGAGGACCAAGGGCGCGGCGUCGGCGGCGGUGGAGCGCUACUGGGCCAGCCUCAAGAGCAAGACCCGCGCGGCCGGCGAGUACGCGACGCUCAGGACACGCCAGGGCGUCGCAUUGUUCGGCGAGCCCAACAUCGGCCCCAUCAAGAGCAUCGUCGGUCGUUCUUAGUAGAUUGUUUUGAUAUGCCAGUAGGUUGGAGGUUUUGUUGGUCGCUCAAAGGUUUUUGUCGAUGAUAAUUACAGUUCUCUGUUCUUCAGAGUCGAA